CUGACCUGCCCUAGUAUUUUGAUAUUCUAUCCCCGUCUGCAUGGUUGUAGAAGGCAACUGAUUCAGACUAGGACGAAUUAGUUCAACACAUGCAGAGCGAUCCUUCGAUGGUACUUCAAGCGUUCAUACGACAAUGUAUUAAGACACCACCAUACAUUGUUCGUAUAUUCUCUAUCCGCCGUACGUCACUGACUGUUUCCAUGCGACUCCUAACUGGUGUUUGUAGCACUGUCAGGUUGCUGUUGGGUUCACUCUGUAUCCCCGUAACUUAUAUUGCAAGGAGCACCCAUAGAAGAGGCGGAACUAACAAGAUGGCUGUCCGGUCUCCAUAUAAUCGUAAAGCGCCUCGAUGGGUCCAUCGAAGGAGAAGGAUACGGUUUUCCUUGUGCGGCGAUAGUGUACAUAUCGUCAAUCUGCAUGAUUUACAUGGCAUUUUUUUGCCAUGGUAUGGCUAUCUCUGUAGUAAUACAUUUGUAGUCCUACCAUUAUGGCCCUUAAAUAUGUUAGUUCAAAAAUCUGGACUCCGUGUACUAGGUCAUGAAAAAGUCGCGGGAGGCAGUGGAAGGUGUAGGAAGCUGCAGGAGGCAGUGGGUCGAGCAUGGAAUGCAAUGGGAAGGUACAAAGCUGCCGGAGCGCUGAGAAUGGAUAUGUGAUUGUGGGGAGCGGUUGAUCUCGACCGAGACUCUAUUGCACACAUUCAUAUAUGCUGAAGA